GUUGGCAGCAUUGGUUCUGAUAGAUUUGGAAAAUAAGAUGGCCGCCAAAUCAUCCAGUUGUGCAUUAUCAUCGGUACGAUUAAUUUAGCCAAGAGUACAUUUGGAAAACGGAUAUAAAUAUAGAACCCGGCGCAUUUCACAAUUCCGUUUUCCUAGUGAGAGAGUGAGAGAACCAAAAUAAAAAAAAUGAAGAUCACACUGAAAAACCUGCAACAACAGACUUUCCAGGUCGACAUUGAUCCCACGAAAACGGUGAAGCAUCUGAAACAACAGAUUGAAACUGAAAAAGGGAAGGAUUAUCCAGCAGAUAAUCAGAGGCUUAUUUAUGCAGGAAAAAUCUUGACAGAUGAAAAUGCUAUCGCAGAAUACAAUAUUGAUGAGAAAAAGUUUAUUGUUGUUAUGGUUACAAAGCCUAAGCAACCCGAGAAGUCAGAUAGUGGAGAUGCAGCACAAGCCCCCUCAACACCAGUUGUUGCACCAGAAGUUCCAGCAUACCCAACAGUGGCGCCAGUAACACCAGUUACUGAAAGCAGCACUGUAGAAACAAUCGCCCCUGCUGUUGCCGCCCUUAGUGGUGGUAAUGCUGAGUCUACUUUGCUCAUGGGAGAACAAUAUGAUACUAUGGUGCGCAACAUCAUGGACAUGGGCUAUGACAGACCUCAAGUCGAGCAAGCGCUUAGGGCCAGCUUCAACAAUCCCGAUAGGGCUGUGGAAUAUCUGAUCACCGGUAUCCCCGUUAUGGAUGAGCAGGAGGUCGUCAACGAAACUGCAGACAUGUCGCAAAUUGACGAGCAACAGUCGGAUGCGGAGGACCCCUUGGCUUUCUUGCGCAGUCAACCACAGUUUCAACAGAUGCGUCACGUCAUCCAGCAGAAUCCGCAACUUUUGAACGCCGUCUUGCAUCAGAUCGGUCAAACGAAUCCUGCUCUUCUCCAGCUAAUUUCCCAGAAUCAGGAAUCUUUUGUAAGAAUGCUCAAUGAACCUACUCCAGCUGCUGGUGGCGGCGGCGGCGGUGGCGGUGGUACCACAGUCACCACUCCACCCGUUUCAACAGCUCCAGCUACAGGUGGUCAAGCUGCUGCUGGCUUACAGCAGGGAAUGAUUCAAGUGACACCGCAGGACAAGGAUGCUAUUGAACGACUGAAAGCGCUUGGAUUCCCUGAACACCUAGUUGUUCAAGCUUAUUUUGCGUGUGAAAAGAACGAAAAUUUGGCAGCUAACUUUCUCCUUUCUCAAAAUUACGAUGACUAGAUACAAAGAUUUCAAAGAGAUAUAUAUAUAUAUAAAUAAAUAUAUAAAUAUGUACUAUUGAUUACUAAUUUGAUGAUGCGGUUUAAUGCAGUGGUCAAUUUUUAUUUGAAAAAGGAAAUAUUAUAAACAACUUUUUUUUGGUA